AUGUCGUCCGCCCGCGUUACAAAUGGACCGCCAGCAUUCCAACGAAUAGUUAGUCAAAUACUGGGACCUACACGUUGGCAAUAUUCCUUAGCACAUCUAGACGAUGGGAUUAUAUACUCACAAACAUUCGAACAGCAUUUAUUACAUCUCGAUGAUAUAUUAAAUCGCCUAAAUGAAGCGAACUAUCGAUUAAAUGUCGAUAAAUGUCAUAUAGUCAAGACGACUAUCAACUUCCUCGGACAUUGCGUUGAAUACGGUAAUAUCCGGCCUAAUUCCGAUAACAUCCGCGCAUUAUUAGAAACCCAGCUUCCCAGGACAGCGAAGGAAGCCUUUCGAUUCGUAAAGGCAGCUGAAUACUAUCGCAAAUUUAUACCCGGAUUCACAAAGAUAGCCCAACCAUUAGAUAAAUUCGCACCGACCACGAAAGAACAACGCUGUAAAAAGUCAAAAUCUUUACCCGUUACUACUUUAUCCGAUGACGAACUCAACGCAUUCAACGAACUGAAGCUAAUCUUAACUACCGAUCUUGUAUUACGCAUUCCAGACGAACAAUUACCAUUCAAGACACAAAUCGAUGCAUCCAAAAUUGGAAUAGGAGCUGUUCUACUGCAGACUCAUUCCAAUAGUGAUCUCUCGAUUGCAUAUUUUUCCAGAAAGUUAACAUCAACAGAGAUGCACUGGCCUGCCACAGAACACGAAUGUUAUGCCAUCGUAUCAGCAAUUGAAAAAUGGCAUAAAUAUCUCGAUGGACGUCCAUUUGUUAUUGAAACAGAUCAUAAACCAUUAUUACCAUUUAAUUUAAAACAACAACUGAAUUCAAAAUGCGAGCGAUGGCGUUUAAAAUUACAGCAAUACCAAUCCGCCGUUCAUCAUAUUAAGGGAAAACACAACACCGUAGCCGAUUAUUUAUCACGUUCGUCUGUCGAUGAUGCAACGAACGACGAAGAUGAUUACCUCCCAACCACGUCCCGGGGGGUACAAACCGAAAAUUCUACACCACUACAGAUGGUGGCACCCGUUGUCACACGAGCGCAACCAAAACAAUAUGAUAAGAGGAUUAAUCGUUAUGCAACGGAUCAGACCUAUGAUCAACUGCAACAGAAGAAGAACAAUCACACACGGGUCGAUCAUCCCUGCGUUGCACCAGACCGCCGGCUGAUAACUAAAAACGUCACUGAUAAUUCAAUCGUUCCGUCCGCAAAAGGUGAUAUCAAAGCAUUGAGCCCAAAUGAUCCGAAUCAAAUUACCCCAUUUACACACGAACAGGUAAAAGCAUUACAACAUCAGAGCGAACAGGCAGCACAGAUCAAUAAUAAUAUUAAAGAUUAUCCGAAAUGUUUUCUCAAAGACAAUAUGUUGAUGAGAAAAUCGUCUCCACCAGUCCCAUUCGCACCAAAAGGACAAAUACACGCAGACAUUAUAAAAAUUUAUCAUGAUAAACGUGGAAACGGAGCCCAUUUUCGUCGUAAUCCAACAACCUCAAAAAUUAAACAACGUUAUUUCUGGCCAUCCAUGAUGCAGGAUAUAAAGAAUCACGUACAAUCAUGCUUAUUGUGUGCGCAAUAUAACUCGCGUCGAUGUAAGCCACCUGGAGCAUUAAAACCAAUAAAAAAACCUUCCGGAGUCUGGCAAUUACUUACAAUGGAUUUUCACGGACCGAUCACACCCACCACACUGCGAGGUAAUAAAUAUAUUAUAUCCCUUACUGAUGUACUGUCAAAAUUCAUUAUUACACGAGCUGUGCGUGAUUGUACGGCAGAAACGCCAGCUCGAUUUAUCGAAGAAGCUGUUAUUUGCAAGUAUGGAAUACCGCGUUGUAUUUUAACGGACAAUGGUAGCCACUUCACAUCGAUGAUGCUUAAUUUUCCUCGAUCGUCUCAACAUUCUAACUCAGAUAUGUCUUCUAAUUCAAAAAAGUUAUCAUAUUAUGUAACACCAUUAUACAAAUUAGAUAAAUUAACACAAAAAUAUAAACCAAAAAAAGUUAUUGAAAAUGAUAACUAUAAACAAUUAUGUCGCACGGGUGAAUGCAUACCAUUUCAACAACCAUCGUCGUACCAUUGUUAUUAUAUACAUCAUCGAACAUCAAUGGAACUAUUAGAUGAACUAAUUGAUCGUACUCAUCAAACAACACAUUAUCUCGUACAAUACCCGCUGAAUCACCAUCCUAUCGACCAUCAUUGA